AUGGCUAUCGAAGAUGACGAUAUUCGAGACAGGGAGGUGUGGACGUCAGUCUCACGCCACUGGUACUCCAAGGCGUCCGACAAGGCGCCUACCACCGUUAGGUUGUAUCAUCACCUGGCGAUCCUCGCUCGCCCCAACGCACUGCAACAACUAUUCUAUUACACGAAGUCGUGA